UGUAUUGUUUACUACUCAGCUACUCUUGGACAAUCAUGACGGGAGAACUAAUGUUUGCUUUGUUCUGCUUGCUUUUUUACAUAUUCUAUCGAUAUCUAACAGAUAAACCUCAUCCAAAGUUUCCUCCAGGUCCUUUACGCUGGCCAAUAUGGGGUGCUUACCUUCAACUUUUGGUAGAAAACUACAGGUUCCCCUACAAAGCUAUGCACUGGAUAGCAAGGCGAUAUAAAACAGAGGUCCUAGGGAUGUACCUUGGCCCGUUUCCUACUGUGGUGGCCUGCAGCUCGGCCAGUGUACGAGAACUGUUGAUUCGGCCAGAGUUCCAAGGCAGAGUGGAAGGCUUCAUACCUCAGAUAAGGGACGAUGAUGGUGUUAUUAGAGGACAGUUCUUUAUUGAUGGAUCACCAUGGACAGAACAGAGGCGCUUUAUGCUGCGUUACCUUCGAGACUUUGGUUGGGGCACAAGGAGUAAAAGUUUUGAAAAGAUUGUGGAAGAAGAAGUCAGAGAUUUUCUAGACUUGGUUCAAUCAAAAGUUGAGGGAGUGAGUGAUGAGAGGGGAGUGCUGGUGCCGUCAGCAUUUUACGCAUUUUUUCUCAACCUCACAAUGCAGCUUCUACUAGGGUGUAGAUUUCCACCUCCGUUACACCACAAACUCAGAGAGUUUGCUUUCACAGCUCUCCGUUUUCAGCUCCGCAUAGACCCCACCACUGGUAUGAUUAACCUCACUCCGUGGGUACGACACAUCGCGCCUCGUCUCUCAGGCUUCAUUGACUGUGUACGCAGCAACCGUCUCAUCAAGCAGUUUAUACAGGAGCACGUCCAACACCAUAAAGACACUUAUCUGCCAGAGGCCCUACGUGAUUUUUGUGAUAUUUAUCUCAAACAGAUGAAGGAAAAGCAGGAAUCAGGGACUCAACAUUGGUUUUCAGAGCAACAGCUCGUGAUGAUGUGUUGGGACCUUCUGUUUCCUACCAGUAUGACGGUCACAGCCACGAUGGGCUUUGCUGUGGAGUUCCUUCUUCUGAACCCUGAGGUGCAGCUCAAGAUACAAGAGGAGAUUGAUAGAGUCAUCGGCCGUUCCAGGCUACCUAAUCUAGACGAUCGCAAGCUAAUGCCGUACACAGAAGCAGUGCUGAGGGAAGUCAUGAGAGCUGAAGCCCUCGUCCCGUUGGCUCUGCCUCACAGAUGUACUCAGGACACUUACUUCUACGGCCAUUUCAUACCCAAGGAUACAAUGAUGUUGGCUAAUAUUUGGAGCAGCAAUAUGGAUGAGAAAAUCUGGGACAAACCUUUUGAAUUCAGCCCUGAGAGACAUCUGGAUGCAAAUGGACAGCUCAAGAAGAAAGAUUUGUCUUUGCCUUUUGGACUAGGCAAGCGGGUGUGCUCGGCGGAGACAUUUGCCAGACAGAACUUGUUUCUUUUAUUCUCGGCAAUGAUGCAACAUUUCACUUUGCUACUGCCGUGUGACCAGCCUCCGCCUGAUCCCAAUCUACAUCUACCUGGCAUUAACAUAUCUCCACCACAAUUUAGAGUGCUUAUGGUGCCCCGCUAA